AUGCCUAAACAUGUUAGUAGCGAAGAUCUUAUAGCUGCGAGAGGUAAUGAUGCAACUAGUUCAGUUACUGCAGCAAAUUCUACAAUUGCGACACAUAAAUCUACUAUUGGCGGGAGUAACGGAGCGAGUCUCAAUACCAAUAUAACCGAGCCUUCAUUAUUACAAACGGAUGGUAGUGGCGAUGGUGAUGGUGGUGGUGAUGAUGAUGGUGAACAGUCGCCAAAAGUUUAUCCAAGGUCCUCCUCCGCUUUGGAAGAUCCAGCUAAUGAAACGAGCGCAUUGUUGCCGCGAUAUAACAACAAUGAAAAUAAUGAUGAAGAAGAAGAUGACGGUAACGGUGACGAUGACGAUGACGAUGACAACAUGAGUCGAAUUAUUAAGCUUGCAAAAAGACCUAGUUUUAUUUGGACAUUUUGUCUUGGAGUUGUUGCUAUAAUUAUCUUUGAACUAACGUUUUUACCAAGAACCUCACUAGCGAGAGAUUAUAGGAGGUGGCACGGCAUUCAUUUGACUAAAGCUGAUGUGAAACGAAAUUUCAUACAAAUAACAGGAAUAGGUAAAAGUCUUACAAACCUAACUACUGAAGAGUUUAUAAACACUUGGUUGACCAACUUUACACUGAUAAACAACAAGUCAAAGUAUAAUCUCAUACAUGACGAUAAUCCUGAGUUGACUUUUUACAUUGAGUCCAAUUUCAAGAAUUUUGGGUUAAAAGUGGAAAAGUUUAGCUACAAAGCGUGUGUUCCCAAACCUGAAAGCUCAAGUUUGAGAUUACUAGACUCACAAAAUGUCCCCAUUUACCUGUGUGAUAUAUUGGAGCCAAAUUUUAAAACCCCUGCGUUUUACGGGUUUGGAGUUGAUGCAAAUGUUUCAGGUCAUUAUAUAUUUGUGAAUCAAGGAACUCCCCAAGAUUAUCAAAAGCUUUUGCGAAAUGAUAUACCAUUGAAUGGGAAAAUAUUCAUUAUCAAAACACAUCUCGAUGAGAGAAAUAUCACCGUUGGAGAGAAAUUGGCCCUUGCAGAACACCACGGCGCCAUUGGUGUUUUGACCUAUUUUGAAGUACCUGAUAUCGGCAAUGAAGACUCAAAGUCACCAAAUAUCAACCUUGGUAUUUCCAGAGGUUGCAAUGACAAACGAGUUAAAAUUCCAGUUGUGCCAAUAAGCAAAAAGUUGGUGACACCUAUCUUAAAAACACAACCCACACCUCUGAAUAUUAAGACAUUUGCUAAAUGGGAUUACCAGCCACAAUCUAGGUACAAUUUCAAGCUUGAGUUAAACUCAGUGUACUCGUAUGAUGAAACUCCACGAAAACUUACCAAUGUCGUAGGGACACUUAAAGGUAUUAUGAAUGAUGCCGAUAUUAUUAUUGGAGCUAGGCGAGACUCCUAUACUUUGAACAAUCCAUUAUCGGGCCAUGCUAUCAUGUUUGAAGUUAUGAGGAAUUACCAAAGAUUAAUAAAACAAGGCUGGAAACCAUUGAGGAAUAUAAAGUUUGUUUCAUGGGAUGCAUCGCAUUUAGACUUAUUGGGUGUUGAAGCUUUCACAAAUGACUCCAGCGUGUUCGAUCCAACGAGGCCAGUUCUUUCAUACAUAAAUAUCAAUGGCGAUGCGGUAACCGGAAGUAAUUUCAAUGUAGACUCGAACCCGUUAUUUAAUCAUUUAUUACGCAAAACCUCAAAGCUAAUUCCUAUACCGAAAGAAGCAACAAUGAUGAAAACUUUGAGUGAUACAAAACACAAGUUAUUUUUUGACGACGAUGACGACGAUGAUAAUGAUGAUGAUGAUGAUGAUGAUGAUGAUGAUGAUGAUGAAAGCUACACGACAUUACACCGAUACUGGCAAAAACAGGACAAUUUAAGCAUCAAUAAUAAUCUCGGGUGGUCUGCGUUUUCCUCGGAGUCAAAGAUCUUUCAACAACACCUUUCUACGCCAACCAUUGAUUUAAAGUUCACGAACAAUGAAAAGAGAGAUGGCGCUAGGUAUAUACCAAAUUCCAAUUAUUACUCUCGUGAAUGGUUAAUCAAACAGUCAAUUGACAAUGACUUGUUGCUUCAUGGGUCAUUAAUCAGAUUUAUUGGGUUGUUGGGAAUCAGUUUGAGUGAACAUGAAGUUGUUGAUUAUCGGACGUAUGCAUACAUUAGGAAAAUCGAGUCAUUUUAUAAGACUUUUUUGGAAAGUGAGGAGCAAAAGUUGAAAGCUUGGGACCAAAAGUUAGUUCCAAGCUACCUCAUAUAUAAAUAUUCGAUUUUCCAACACCUUGAUACCGAUGCGCCUGUUGCUUUUCAUCAAAUAGUAAAUCAAUUUACAAAACUCUUGAAUGAGACGGUACAGCAAUCAAAGAUAUUUGAUGAAUGGAAUAAACAAGUUGAAGAUGGAUUAACAAGAGAUUAUCCAUGGUAUAGAUACUACAAGAAACUUCAACAUUUUGCCCAAUUUAAAGUUUCCAAUUAUAAAUUGUUACAUUUGGAAAGGGAUAUGAAGUUGAAUGAUCAAGACUAUAUUUACUUAGCAAGCAAACUGCCACACGGACAAGGCAAUGGCAAUGACGAUGAGACAGAACUGGAUGGUAUUUUAGAGGGCAGUGGUUCACCAGACAAGGAGUAUUACUAUGAUUCAGUCAUUUACGGGAAUGCCAAAUUCAAUGUAAAAAACAACGAGGUAUGGUAUAAAAAUCGUUUGAUAAAGAGUACUUUUACAUAUUUAUACGAGGCUAUAGAUGGUGAUGAUUAUGAGUCAACGGUAAAAUGGUUUGUUUUGAUUUACGAAAAGUUUACAAACAUACAGUAUAAAAUGACGUAA